AUGGAACGCCACGAGAGCCUGAAUCACGACUCGGCUUCAAUAGGUGUGUCACCAGUGCCCAGCACACCGCCUUCUUGGUUGUUUUGUACCCCGCAACCCGAGGAAAUUCCUCCCAAUCCCAACAAUGAGUGGAGUAACCUAAAUGGUGAUUGGGGCAAGGAAGGCCUGGAGCCCAGAUAUCACUUCAGCCGCGCUGCGUUUGCUGAGCAUCUCCAACUUCACCAUCAAAGCACGGUAGCAGUACUACCACUACCAAGUGCUCGCGCAAGCUCUUCGGGGCACUCGAAGCAUCCAGCAACUUUAAAGCAGAAAUCUCAGCGAACACCUGGUCGUCAAGCUCACGGAAAAAUGGCAGGUGACAAUGGGACAUCGACCAAAAAGCGUGCAGCAUCCCCACUGGACGCUUCUCGUACAGUAAAGCGACCCAACCUGAUAGCCGGCUUUGUCAUGAGUGACGAAGAGAGUGAGAAUGAGGAAGAGGACCACGUCAAUCACGAUACGCAAGGUCAGAACAGCCUAGUCACCCCCCAACGUCCUUUCUCCCUGCUUCCGGUGUCGCUGCAGAAUGAGCCGAAGUUCUUACCAGAGUUCACACCUCUCCCGACUAAGCAACUUAACCAAGCCUGCAUAAAUGCGGCUUUGGAGCGCAUUAGAUGUGCUAGAUCCAAGUCAACUGUGCCAUCGAAAUCCGCACGGCAGCCUUCGACAAAACCUCCUCUUCCUACCGUCGCCCAGCAUUCGGCGCGGCAGCCUUCGACAAAACCUCCUCCUCCUACCGUCACCCAGCAUUCCGCUCUAUUACCCAAGCACCAACGUCAAGUGUCAGUACAGGCAAACAGAAAAGAUGCGAAUUCAUUCCAGGGAUCGAUCGCGGUUUCUCAGAAUAUGGCAAGUAGCAGCUCUCAGGAAGCUUCCACUCGAGUGUUUGGGGGACUUCCGACACCCAAGGCUACCGAGAGUGCUUCUAGAGCUGCACAGAAAGCUUCGCGACAUGCUACUACAAAGGUUCCCCCACCCAAAACUGCUCAGCCUAAAAGCUCUCUUCCCAGUACGUUGGGCGCUGCAAAGCAGAAACCCGUAGGCCGUUCCCGUGAGAAAGCAGUCGACAAAGGAAAAGAUACCCCGCCCAGUCCUUCGACAGUGGUCCAAAGACCUGCAAACACAGCUCAGCCACGAGCUAGAGGCCAGAUUGCUCCGACAGCGAGCCCGAAAUUAGCUACACAAACAGCGUUCACCUUUCGGGCUCCUGAACCGACAAGCCUCAAGGUAGCCCAAGCCCAGUCUCCGAAGCCCAAGCCCAGUCCAGGACCUAGACAGCAACCGGUGCCCGUGGCCGAGGUAGAUUCGGCGGCCAAAACUAUACCGAAGAAGUUGUCUGCGAAGGCAGCUGGUAAGCGGAAGGUGGACACGAUUGGUGGUGGAAACGGCGAUCACACCGCUCCAGCUGUCAAGAAGCCUUUAACGACAAAGCUGUCCGCAAAAGCAGCUGGUAAGCGGAAGGUGGACAUGAUCAGUGGUGGGAUCGGCGAUCGCACCGCUCCAGCUGUGAAGAGGCAAACAGAGUCUUUUGUGGGACCUUCAAGAGCUGGAAUAGAGUCUUUCGCGGGACCUUCAAGAGCUGCGCCUGUCAAGAAACAGACAGAGUCUUCUGCAGGACCUUCAAGAGCUGGGUCCGUCAAGAAGCCGACAGAGUCCUCUGCAGAACCUUCAAGAGCAGGAACAGAUACACCAUCAAAACCUGAAGUUCCUCUCAUCCAAGGAAACUUACAAUCAGUCGCCGUUGCUCCCAUGGUGCCGAACAUGAUACCGAUUGAAAAUGCAGCCGUGCCUGUUGGAAAGAGUGCAGCCUCUGGACCUGGCCUGAAAACCGGUGAAACUACCGUCUUACCGAGUGCGAUGCGUCAACCUUCUCCUGCCACAUCCAGUGGCGACUCCGAUCAACAACAGAGCAAUCCUGCAAGUGACGCAAGUGAGAAGAGCGCAAGCCCAUCAAGCCCUUUCCCCUCAACACACACAAAGGGCAAAGUUGUCAAGCAGGUCCGGUUUGCUACUCCAGACACUAUGCCUACACCAUCCGCCGAACCCUACUUUGAAUACUCCAUCUUCCACAAGACUUGGUCCACACCCCACGAGGAGAGCACCGCCACCACCACCGAAAUCAGCGUCCGUACAGACACCGACAUCGACGUCGCCAAUGCACAAGCCAAGAAGGUUUACAACGCUGUGCGCGCAUCUACAGGGCCCUCGAUCGAAGAGCAGAGCUCCAAGCUCGAUGCAAACGGUUGUGCAAUGUACACACUAACGCAUGCGCAUCCCUUCUCCCCGUCGCAGAAGACUCAUGUCCACUUCUUCGUGAAGCGGUACGAGGCCUCCAAGUAUGCAGGACGAACCGUCGACGAUCUGGACGGUGCGAAAGUCAUUUCCAACACUGCGUACGCCGUGAACCUGUACAAAAUCAUCGCCAACCCCGAGAUGGCCGAUAGCAGCGACAACGAUACCGACGACGAUGACGCCGACGCUGCUGCCAAACCCGAGGAUACAGACGAAGCGCUCAUACGUACGGCAUCACACUCGCAUGUUGGCUGCCCUGACGUUUAUACAACGCUCUCAUCUGCCAACCGCGCUGCGCUUGCGCUACAGAUCCGCCUGAGCCAUGAAGAGGAGCCCAAGAAUCCGUUGACCAAAGACUUCCAGGAGAGGGGAUUGAGGGCGCUGCAGGAGAAGUUGCAGGGCCUGAGUGUCAAGGAGGGUGAUGGCCAGGCCACAGAGUGCUGGGUCAGCCAGUUCAAUGCUGUUGGUAGGGGAGGAGAUAGAUUGGAGAUUUUGGUUGAGAAGGUGGGAGUUGUUGGACCGAGGAACUUGUGA